AUGAGGUAUCAAUUCGUCUGCAAAAAGAAUCACAAGAGGAAUCAUCAGCUAGACAGACGCAAUAGCCCCUCCUCUUUGAAGGCCAAAACAGCCCGAACAGAGAGCAAAAAAAAGACCGUCAUAAAAGUCGAACAAAGAGGCCACACUCCACGCCCACAGGCGGCUCUUUAUCCAUCCUUCUUUGAAAAGACGUGCGUGAAAGUGUGUCGGAUAAGAAACCGACAGCAGGAAAAAAAAAAACUAAAUAAUUCAAACCGCACGGAAAAAGAAUUUUUUCAACUGCUAUUUUUUGCAAACAAACGAUUCUCUUGGAAUUUAUUUUUGCUUUUUGUUUCAUUUUUUCUUCAAGUAGCUCCCCGUGUCACCUCGUGCAAUAAUCCUCCUCAACGAGGUCCCACCGUCGAAAUGGGACUCAACCCACUACAGAAUGCUGCCCCUCGGCAGCAAAUCCCAAACGAAGCUCCAAGCUUCUUCUCCCCAUUCUUUGAGCAACCAUCAGCUGCCGGAACAUCUGGUAGGCUCUCCGUAUGGCAGCCGCCACCUGUGGAGACAGCCCCUCGGUCGAAAGCUCCCAACAACAGGCCAUUGCAGCCCCCCCAAAUUCCCACCGUCGGUGCCACAACCCAUACUACUCGCUUGACCAUUCACUCAAGGAACACCAGCGCAGAUGAUGGGAGGAAGAAACUCUACGAGCCAAAGGAGAAGAAGAGCAUGGACGAGAUCAUGUGGCUGGGUUCUGUGACUGGAUUCCUUCCCCCAAUCCCUCCCCCAACGAGAGUUGAAGCUUCUCUCCGGAGCAAGCUGGUUAGAAAACCGGAGGACAAAACAAGUCAGGCCAGUGCCCUUACCCAGGCUACCCGAAAGAGACUACUCGAGGCAGGAAAAUCAGAGGAAGAGAAGGCGGCAGAGGCAAAAAAGAUAGCAGAUGAGGCCGCAAGGGAAAAGAGGCUACUAGAGUGGGCAACCAAAAAGAAUGUGGCGCCAAAGAGGGUUUCAGUGGAAGAGAAGAAGACUACACCCGCAGUGAUUCCCUUGCCCCAGCCUGUAGAAACGACCUCGAAAUCAACUGCUACGGGCGGUGUACGAGCAUCAGGAAGACGCGGUAAGGUAUUCAUGCCAGUACCUCAGCCGAUCGAAACCAUCAAGAGGAGCAACCGACCAAACUCAAACCAUCGCCCCAACCUGCCUGACAAUGUUUCGUCGUACGCUCCCAGCAAUCCCAUCCUUCCUCAGCCAAUUGAGACGACGAAGCGCAGUCACCGCCCUGAGAAGCCCCCGGUUAAGAACAAGAAGAGCGAGGAGGAGACUUUAUGGAUGGGUCUACCCCAGCCCGUUGAAACUGUGCGGAGGAGCAACAGGAGAAGUCCUCUGAGCAAGGACGACGAGGGUGCUGAGGUAGGUAAGAGAGCACAGGUAUCGCCAAAGCACUCGGCCCGACACUCGACCAUCUCGCCGAAGGGGACAAUGUUCUCCCCACAGCCCGUGGAUGUCAACAAAAAAACCAACAGACCCGACUCCAUCCAACUUCCGCAGCCCAUGGAAGUUACCAGGAGGUCAAACCGGCCCAUGGCACCCCCGAUCCAGAAGCCGGAUGGACCUCCUACACCCACUACCUCCUUUUUUGGUCCCAUGACACCGACCCAAGCGCCAUCAUCACCGCUGCCCGUACCUUUCGAGAGCACCAGACGCUCACACCGUCCCAUCUCGGGUAGACCCCUGGUACCUCAACCGAUCGAGACCUCCCGCAGGUCAAACCGCGUCAGGGUUCCACUACCGGAGAUGCAGAUUGACGCAAACCAGCAACAGCCCCUGCCGAAUGAGUUGCCACAGCCUGUCUCGGUUUCAAGAUGGACUAACCGCGAAAAAGCUGGCGCGAGACAUCUCCGAAGAACAAGCACCGACAAGCCUGACACUCCCGGACUGUAUAACACCGCCCCAUUCGUACGGGACAGAGAAAGAGAAAGACGGUUGGUCAAGAAGACCUGGGUUCGGCCUAUCGAUCACGUGUCGCAUCUUCACGAACCGAUUGACUCUGCCCCGCCAAGUCCAAUGGUCAGCAAAGCAUCGCGCAGUCACGAUAGGCGAGAGUCACUGGAUGAAGGUUUUGCUGGAUAUAUUCUUGGGUUGGAGCGGGGGUUGAAGAAGAACGGUGCACUGGGGACUGCUGGGCGCGAGCGGGAGAGGGCCAAAGAAGAGUCAGAAUACCCCUUCCCCAUCGUCACGGAGGAUGUAAACAAGCACGACGAUAAGAGGAUCCGAACCGAGGCUAGCGACCCUGGCCCAUCCACCGGAGCCCGAAGCGAAAGCUCCGAGACCAUCCGCCCAAGGUUGACAGCUAUCAACACAGACCCUGGCAUGCUCGAAACUAAGCAGACAGAAGAGGAGCAGGACUAUCCGAUAUGUCACUCACCUGUUUACUCGCGCUUUAAGGUACCCGUCCCGGAGCCUGAGCCACUUUUCCUCGACCAUGAACGCGAGGAGAAACCGCACAAGGGCUUCAACAACACACGCAUUUCUACUGAAGAUCUUGCGAUGGCAAAGCCGAUCGGUAUUGCGGCCAACAAAGGAAACGCCCAGCUCCCAACUCCCCCGGAUUCUCUUGAAUCGACAACAUCGAAAAUGCUCUCACCCACAUCAGCUUUGGCAAUUGCCGGGGGUCCUCAAACUGCACCUGCUCGCGUUUCAUAUGCGCCUAUGUCUCCGUCGCCAGGUUACACUGUUGCCUCACUGCCACCAGCGAAGAAGCAUGACAAUGUCGAUGCUGCCGAGGUUGCUGAAGAACUCGUCUACGGUGUCAUGCGAUAUCUCAGCUUGGAAUUUGAGAACGUGGGACGAAAGUAUGACGACGAACUUUCGCUGUACACUGGUCUGUCUAAGGAGUUGGUUAGGAAAGAUCGCAAGUUUGCGGUCAAAAAAUACGUGGAGAGAUGGGUCAGGGAGAACCCAGAAAUCGAAUGUGGUGAAAAGAAGAAGGGUGGUUUGUGGUAA